AUGGCGGAAUUCGUACGAGCCCAGAUCUUCGGAACAACUUUCGAGAUUACUUCUCGAUACUCCGAUCUUCAGCCCGUUGGCAUGGGCGCUUUCGGAUUGGUUUGCUCCGCUCGCGACCAGCUCACGAAUCAGAACGUCGCCAUCAAGAAGAUCAUGAAGCCUUUCAGCACUCCAGUUCUCGCCAAGCGCACAUACAGAGAACUGAAACUCCUGAAGCACCUGAGGCACGAGAAUGUCAUCUCUCUCAGCGACAUCUUCAUCUCGCCUCUUGAGGACAUCUACUUCGUAACCGAGCUACUCGGCACCGAUCUGCACCGACUUCUGACUUCGAGGCCUCUUGAGAAGCAGUUCAUCCAGUACUUCUUGUACCAGAUCAUGCGAGGCUUGAAAUAUGUCCAUUCGGCGGGCGUUGUUCACCGUGACUUGAAGCCCAGCAACAUUCUGGUCAACGAGAAUUGCGACUUGAAAAUCUGCGACUUCGGCCUGGCGCGAAUCCAGGACCCUCAGAUGACCGGCUAUGUCUCUACGCGGUACUACCGGGCUCCCGAGAUCAUGCUUACCUGGCAAAAGUAUGAUGUCGAGGUCGAUAUCUGGAGUGCCGGCUGCAUUUUCGCAGAAAUGCUCGAGGGAAAGCCCCUCUUCCCCGGCAAGGACCAUGUGAACCAGUUCUCCAUCAUUACGGAACUCCUGGGGACGCCUCCGGAUGACGUGAUCAACACAAUCGCUAGCGAAAACACCUUGAGAUUCGUCAAGUCGCUUCCCAAGCGAGAGAGGCAACCUCUGAGAAACAAGUUUAAGAACGCAGAUGACUCAGCCAUCGAUCUCUUGGAGCGCAUGCUGGUGUUCGACCCUAAGAAGCGGAUAACAGCCACCGAAGCCCUGUCGCACGACUAUCUUGCUCCAUAUCACGACCCGACCGAUGAGCCUGUGGCCGACGAGAAGUUUGACUGGAGCUUUAACGACGCAGACCUUCCCGUGGAUACCUGGAAGAUCAUGAUGUACUCGGAGAUUCUCGACUACCACAAUGUCGAAGCCAAUGUUGCGCAGAUGGAGGACCAAUUCAACAACGGCCAAUAG